AUGGGGGGGGUGGGCCUGCCGGACAUCUGGCUAUACUACCAGGCGAUACACGUAGGCCGAAUUAUAGACUGGACAUACCAAAACGCCUCCAAAGAGUGGGUUACAAUAGAACAAGCUCAGAUAGGCGACUCAUUGAAGGCAAUACCAUGGCUUCAGACCUCGGUUAACGACUGGACGACACUAGCACACCCGACGGUAACACCAACCCUACAAAUAUGGAAAAAAGUACGCAGCUACCCAGACAUUGCCCCAACACCGUCUCCGAAAUACCCUAUAACGAACAACCCCCUUUUCAUAGCAGGGAAAAGGGGCUUCCAAUUGAAACCACUGGGAGACGACCAACGGAAGGCACAUAUGACACUAGACGAGGUAGUGAGAGAGGGGGGAGUGACGCCAAUCACACUACUGACAGAAGGGAAAGACCCAUCCCUCAUGCAGAGAUUUCAGUAUGCACAAAUGCGACAUUUCUUGACUGCACAGGGCUUAUCACAUUGGACUCCAAGGGACAGGACAAAAUUUGAACUAUUAUGCUCGGGAAAAAAAACGCCUCACAAGCCAACAUCCCUCUGCUAUAAACUGUUACAAACACAGAUGUGUACACAAUUACCGUACUUUACCAGAUUAUGGAGGGACCACUUAGGCAAAGAUUUAGAAGUAGGAGACUGGAAGAAUAUCUUCCAAACGAUCUUCCACGCACACUCUAGCAUACCACUACAGGAGAUUAACUAUAAAUUCAUCUCCAAGUGGUAUACCACCCCGGUGGAUGUACACAGAUUCGACUCCAACUCAUCACCAAUGUGCUGGAGAUGCAACUCAGAUAAGGGCACCUUCCAACACAUAUGGUGGACUUGUGAGGAGCUAUCGGGCUUCUGGAAAGAAGUCUGGACCACUGCCAAUCUAAUAACAGACACGUCCAUACCCUACAUCCUGGAGGCACUCCUCCUACUCCACUUUGAAAUACCACACCGUAAAUUCAAACAUUCCCUCGUUUACUUUAUGCUGACAGCGGCAAAAAGUUCGAUAGUGAACCACUGGAAAUCGGCUAUCCCGCCCUCUAAAAAAGACUGGUUUCAAAGAAUAGAACAUUUUCAUGAGAUGGAGGAACUUAGAUGGGGAUCAUUAGACAAAUAUCACAGAUACAAAGACAUAUGGCAACCUUGGAAAGAAUUGCUAAGAGGUAGACAGGCCGACGACUAA